AUGGAGUGGACAUGUCCCAGCUUCUCAAUCCUUCUUACCGUUGUUCUCUUCCUCUUCAUGUUGCUGAAAAUAAGGAAGAGAUUCAAGUCCUUUGACAAAACCUUUCAUUUGCCUCCAGGGCCGUUGAAAUUACUGGUCAUAGGAAAUAUGCACCUGCUUGUUGGAUCUCUACCCCAUCACAGAUUAAUAGACUUGGCCAGGAAAUAUGGACCAUUUAUGCAUCUACAGCUUGGAGAGGUUUCCACUGUUGUUGUUUCUUCGCCCGAAUUUGCCAAAGAAGUUAUGAAAACCUAUGAUGUUAGCUUUGCCUCAAGGCCUGAGGUUCUNCUCAGAGAUUUGGCCAAGAAAUAUGGACCCUUUAUGCAUCUACAUCUUCGAGAAAUUGCUGCCGUUAUUAUUUCAUCGCCAAAGUUUGCAAAAGAAGUCAUGAGAAUUCAUGAUGUAAACUUUGCAUCAAGGCCUCAGAUUCUAGUAAUAGAAAUCUUGUCUUAUGAUUCUACUAAUCUUGUCUUGCACCAUAUGGUGAUUAAUGGAGACAGCUAA